UGUAAACACGAACAUCGUCACACAACAUCAAACUUGUUGAUGUGAUUUUAUGUCUGUUACCUUGAUUCAUACGUUUAAAAUAUUCACUAAAUUUCAUACAUGAGAAGUCUGAAUUUCUCAGUCAAUUGGCUAAAUAAACCUAUUUCAAUCAAGUCUGCUCCUCUUGUUCUCAUUUCACUGCGAUGCCUUCUGACAAUUACAACUUUGGCGAUGUCUUCCAGGCAAUUUACAUCGCCAAACAGAAGCCUUCGCCGCCGCCUGUUGCUGAAGACAUGAAGGUUGUGUUGCAAAGCUUCCCGCCUCUCGGGAAAGUAACACCUGUCCAGGGCACAAAGGUCACUUUGACGGCUGUCCUUGAGAUACCCAAGUUCCGUGCCACUGAGCCAUGGGAAGCCUCAGUAUGGCACUCAGUAGACGGCUCAGAUUGGAAGGACUUGGAGGUAGCCUCCAUCACAGAGACUGGAGUUCCUCAGACUCUCCAAGUACUGGAUGAUUCUAUGGCACGAUUCUAUUUCACGUCUUCCUUCUCAUUUACAGCAUCUGUGCAAUUCACUCUCAAGUUUCGACAUAGUCCUGAUGCAGACUGGAGAUGGAUCCGCGAUGAACAGGGUCUCAAUGAUGGCUUGAUUGUCAAUGCUUCUAACAGGAUUUCUUCUAGUGAUCUCUCUGAUUUAAUUCCUGAUCUUAACUCUCAAGACUGGAGUGUCAAGCCACGUUUGAGUCAAUCACCUAGAACUUCACUCUGGUCACUCGAAGCAGUCAUUCCAGCUGCAAAUGGCGAUGAAUCUACGUACAGAGACAUCAGUGUCGGUACUCCCUGGGGCUCUUUUGUCAGAUGGUUUUCUCUUGUCAGACUAUGGUCACCGUGGCUUGCACCUCGCCAUGGGCACUCUCAAUUUAACCUCGAUAAAGAUGCCAUUCUCUGUUGCUUCUUAAGCCCCCAAGGUCAAAACCUAGUGUUCCUUGCCGUCGGCGGUGUCAGUCAUGUCUUGUCAGUAUUUCGAAGCGAGCCCAAUGGAAAGCUUCAAGUUCAUAUCCGAAAUGACGGUCUCUCCGAAGAAAAGGCCGUUAUUCUUGUUUCGGUUGGAGACGAUUUCGACUGCGCCAUUGCAUCUGUGAUGUAUCAUGCUCGAGAUAUGGUUGCGGGAACAAAGAAGGCCAGCGAUGAGUGGUCACAGGAGUUAUCCGCAUUGAAGAAUGACUUCAAACCAGAGUGGCUAGAAUACUGGUUUGAUGGACUGGGUUUCUGCACAUGGAACGCUCUGGGGCAACGACUGACAGACCAGAAAAUAUUCGACGCUCUCGAUAAGCUUUCUGAGCACAACAUCCAAGUAUCGAGUCUCAUCAUUGAUGACAACUGGCAGUCGAUCGAUUAUCGCGGCCCCAGCCAGUUUCAAUAUGGCUGGAAUGAUUUUGAAGCGGAGCCCAAGGCAUUUCCCAAAGGCUUGAAAUCCACCAUAUCUCAUAUUCGACAGAACCAUCCACAUAUUCAACACAUUGCUGUUUGGCAUGCCCUCCUGGGCUACUGGGGUGGCAUUGCCCCUGACGGCAAGCUUGCCAAGACAUACAAGACUAUCGAAGUGACACGGGAAGAUGCUGACCGCCGAAACCUUCCGUUAGGUGGGAAGAUGACGGUGAUCGCACAAGAAGAUGUGAAUCGAUUCUAUGAUGACUUUUAUCGAUUCCUUUCGGAUGCCGGUAUCGAUGCUGUUAAGACGGACGCGCAGUUCAUGAUCGACACGUGGAUUGAAGCCUCCCCUCGCCGAGAUCUGAUCAAUACGUACCUCGAUGCGUGGACCAUCUCGACACUUCGUCACUUCAGUGCCAAGGCGAUAUCAUGUAUGUCGCAGUUCCCGGAGGCACUCUUCCACUCGCAGAUGCCAACCAAUCGGCCUACCAUUCUUGUACGAAACUCUGACGACUUCUUCCCUGAGAUUCCUGCUUCACAUCCCUGGCACGUGUGGACAAAUGCGCACAAUGCUAUUUUCAUGCAGCAUCUAAAUGUUCUUCCGGAUUGGGAUAUGUUCCAAACUGUACAUGAGUAUUCUGGAUUUCAUGCUGCGGCCAGAUGUGUGAGCGGAGGUCCAAUUUAUAUCACUGAUGUUCCCGGUGAGCAUGACAUGGAUCUUAUUGAGCAAAUGAGUGGUCACACCCCGCGGGGUAAGACUGUCAUAUUCCGGCCAAGCUCUUUAGGAAAGGCCGUUGACCCUUAUAUCGGAUACGACGAUGAUUUACUCCUCAAGGUUGGAAGCUAUCAUGGUGAGAAUUAUCUAGAGGGAGGUGAGUAGUGUGUACUAAUCAUGAUUCAGGAGCCUCACAUACCGGAAGCCCUAUUAUGGCCAUUUUCAAUAUCUCCUCUCGGCCAUUGACUGAAUUGGUUUCCCUUUCAGCGUUCCCUGGUGUGGUUCACGAUCUUGAAUAUGUGGUUCGUGCUCAUACCACGGGCAAGGUUUCUCAUCCUACCAAGGUCGAGAGCCCAGAGUCACUAUUUACUAUCUCAUUGCCUGUCAGAGGGUAUGAUAUUCUCUCCGCCUUUCCUCUAACUCGCCUAUCCAGCAAGAAGCAUGGCAAUGUCGUGAUCUCGAAUUUGGGCCUGCUGGGCAAGAUGGCUGGCGCAGCAGCAAUCCUCAUGAGCGAUGUUCAAGAGCGAGAGAAUGGCCGUGCUUUGAUUGAUACGCGAGUUAAAGCAUUUGGCAUCCUAGGGAUAUUUGUCUCUACGCUCCCUUCUUUGACGAUCGAAGGUGAUUUCCUGAUCACGGUUCAAGAAAAGGUGAUACCCUUGCAUACCGUGGCCAUAUCUAAGGUUGAUACUCGCGUACUUGAGAUCGACAUUGGAAAAGCCUGGAAGGAAUUGGGUCUUGAAACUCGAUGGGGAAAUGACGUUGAAGUCAAGGUCUACUUCAGUUUGUGAAGGGUCUGUCACGAUUGACAACUCACACAUACUCAGGACUGAAGCACAACUUGCCAAACCCAAUAAACACUUAGCUUAUUCAUUAUCAUAAGCCAUACAAGUUCGCAAACAAGUGCAGUUUAUCUAUAAUAAGACUUUAACACCACAGCUGCAGGGUAAGUCAAUUUCAAAGUGGUGAUAAAGAGCUUAUUAAUUUUAGC